AUGAGGCCCAGCCGCCGCCUCUGCCGACUAGCCGUCGGGGCGCCGCCCCCACCAGCGGCCGUGCGCAGCCGCCACCACCGCCGCCCGGCCCUACCCGGCCGCAGCCACCGCCGCCUCCACCGGUCGUGCCCAGCUCCCACCACCGCUUGCCGCUGUCCGUCGCCAGAGGUCGCCGCCGCCGCGCGCCCAGCUGCCUCCGCCAUCCACCGCUACCCUCCGAGCUCGUUGCCACCAUCCAGCCGCAAGUCACUGCGCACCCUGCUUAGGCGACCAUCUGCCGUCGCCCGCCGGCAGCCGCUGCCAUUGCAUUUUGAACUUGAUGGAUUCGUGUACCAUGACUGUGCCUUCUACGAGUGGCUCGGCCCACAACCCAAACCCCAGCACCCACCUCCAACCCUAGCUCUUCCAAUCCCCAAUUCCCCAUCUCCCGUCCCGCUCCACUCACAUGCGCCGGUGCCGACGCCUUUUCCGCCUGGCCGCCGCCCCUCACGUCCCCUACGCAGUCGGCCGCAGCGGCUCACGGCCCCUACACAGUCGGCCGCCGCCCCUCACGUGCCAAGCUCGGGCGGGCAGCGGCGGGCGCAGCCGUGCGGGCUACGGCUGCGGCGCGUGCCGUGCUUGGUCGAGCGGAGGGCCGGAGCUGUGCCUGGUCGCGUCAGCGGAAGACGCCAGCCAUCGGCAAGCCACAGCCUCUCAGCACGCCAGCAGCUCGGCGCCUCGGCCAGCACGUCGGCGGAAGACACUCGGGCGACCAGCAGGCAGCAGCACGCCAGCUGCAGACCUCUCAGUUCAAGUGCUGAAUUGCUCGCUACCUUCUGUGAUAACAUUCUGAAGAAAGGCUGCAGUGAAAAGCUCAGUGAUGAAGCCAUUGAAGAUGCCCUUGAGAAGGUGGUAAGAUUGCUUGCAUACAUCAGUGAUAAAGACCUCUUUGCUGAGCUAUCUUCCAGGAAGAAACUUGCAAGAAGAUUGCUUUUCGACAAAAGUGCUAAUGCUGAGCUAUCAGUGAUAAGAUUGCUCCUGUGGUGGCUUUUUUUUUCCUCUUUUUUUAAUCGUUUGCCGAGUGUAUUUUAAGGGCACUCGGCAAACCCUCCACUUUUUGCCGAGUGUAUUCCCUCGACACUCGGCAAACUGGCGCUUUUUUUUGCCGAGUGUCGGAUUUCACUCUCGGCAAAAUAGUUUGCCGAGUGCGCGAUAGAAAACAGUCGGCAAACAAUUGUUUGCCGGCACGUUGUACGC